GUGAGGCAUGCAGCAGCCUUUCACUCAUUUCGUCAAUUGUUUUCCCUCUAGCUGACUACACGGCUGUCCGAGGACUUGUAAUAUACUAGCAAAGCCAGGAUUAGACAGGGGAAAAAGUCCUUUUCUUGUUUUUGAAGACACGUCUGAUCCUGAUUCAUUUCAGAAAGAGAUUCCUGUUGUUCUGAAUUCUCAACCUGCUGUAUUACAACGUGGACUGCUUGUUGGAAUUGGCUGUCCUGCAUCAGCUUCUGACCUCUGGAGAAAUGUCUGAAGUUUGACUUUAGUGAAGCUCCAAAGGGGGAGGAACCUCACAGGAUGGUUUGACUUGAAGAGAGUCAUCUACGCUUGUGUCCUUCAUCUUCUCUGCUGCAAAGAGGGAGAAGUCAUUCGUUUUCAGGAAGGAAAAGGAGUGGAAAUAAACCACCAGGUGUUGGAUUUGAGGGUUUCAUUUUCCACAGUCCAGGGAAAAAACUUUUUUUGCAAAGAGUGAGGACUUCUCCUAUUUUGGGGGAAAGAAUUUUCAAGCUUUCGCUCUACUUCAGUGUUGCAACAUGGCUGGGAUGUAUGGGUGCUUCAGGGGCAGGAAAUGAAGCGGAGGAUGUCACCAUGGGGAGCCGGCCAUGGGCGCAGCAGUGACAGUGCUGCCAUGGCAUCAGGACCUCCAGAUGUGAUGGCCAAUCAGGAGCCUGCCGAGGUCCAGGAGGAGUGCUCAGGAAAGAAAAAGUCCAAGUUCCAGACUUUCAAAAAAUUCUUUGCCAGGAAGAAGAAAAAGGAGCCUUCAGCUGCUGGAGAAGACACGGGCCUUAAAGCCAGCCAAUCGAGCGACAAUGUCAGCAAAACAUCAGAGAAUAACGCACUCACCCGAUCAGAGAAGGAUAAGGGCUCUGGGUCAAAGAUCAGCCUGGGCUGUAAGGCCUUGUCCCACGACUCUGUCUUUGUUUCUGACUCAUCAGAGGCCAAUGAGGCUCUGGGGGCAUCUCAGGACAGCAUUCACGGGAAAGUGAAAUCACUACAGCUCCAGUUGAAACAGGCCAUCAGACUGGGCUCUCCUCCAUCCCUGAUGUGCGUGAAGCGGGCAGACGAUCCAGGAACCAUGUCAGAAGAUGAUGGUCUGCCCUGCAGUCCACCUGAAUACACCACUCUUCACACAGCCAUGAAUCAGGCUCAGAGGAACAGUUCGAUCAGUCUGGAGGGAAUAGAUGAUGACGACCAGCUGUCCUGUGCAGCCUCCAGCAGAGCAAUGAGCCCCCUGGUGGUUCCAGGAGACUUCAGUCAGCCGGCCAGUCCCUUCGGCUGUCUGGACAACUCUGCUGCCAAACACAAGCGAGGCCUGAGACUCAAAGCCUGCAACAAGAGGAAACCAACCAGUAGGCUGGAGGGGAAAACGGAGGGAGACUCAGUGGUGGAUGAGAUGCUGGACACAUCUGUAACAGAUGCUGCGGAGGAGCAAGAAGAACAGAAGUCAGAAGCUGUGAGUUUUGAUGAGCUGAAACCACAAGUGGAGAGGGAGGAGGAGGAGGAAGAAGGAGAAGGAGAAGAAGAAGACAUGGAGGAGGAGAAAGAGCAAUCACAGCAUUCCAGACAAUCCCUGUUAAGAUAUAAGGAGGAGAGGGAGGAGAGAGAUGAGGGAGAGGAGGGAGAGGAUGAGUCGGAAUCAGAAGAGGAAAUUUCUCACAGCCCGGACAUUUCCUCUCCUCCUGAGCCAAGUCUGUCAGAGGAGGAAGCCCCCGACGCCCAGCCCCCGCCCUCUUCAGAGCCCAGCUCCAGAGCCUCCUCUCUGGAAAGUCCCAGAGCCACACCAGAGCCCCCUGCUGGCCCAAGAGAGUAUUUACUGGACCCUCCGGGUAUUGCCUAUGGAGCAGAGAAGAAGUGGGUUGAAAGUGAGUUGGCACUGAGAAUGGAUGAAGAUGAAGUUCAGGAAAACAGAGAGGAGGAAGAGGAGGAAGAGGAGGAGAGCUCGUUCCUACAGGAGGUACUGAGCUCUCUGAAAACUCCCCUCACGUCUUGCUCACUGAGGUUAGAGACAGAGAACGUCGUCCUGGAGAUGAAAGAGGAGAAGAUGGAAAAAGAACUAGCAGAGAUGGAAGAUGGGGAGAAGGUAGAGGAAGAGGAGGAAGAGGAGGAAGAGGAGGAAGAAGAGGAUGAGCCUGUCGAUUAUCAGGCUGCUUCCUCUCUAAUGUUGGGUCACACCACUGAGAAAGAGGAGGAGGUUUCUGUUCGCUCCAGUGAAGAAGAAGUGGUUCCUGUUGAGGAAGAGGCAGAAAGUGAUGAAGAAGAAGAAGAAGAAGCACCAGCAGCAGCAGCAGCAGAGGAAGAAGAAGAACUGGUUGUGGAACUAUUCGUUCAACAUAGUCAGGAAGAAGAAGAAGCAGCAGCAGCAGCAGCAGAGAAAGAGGACGUGGAGGAAGUUGAACCUGAGGAGGAGAAUGAUGUGCUCUCUAGAAAAUCUGACAUCCGUGCUCAGGAAGAUAGACGAGAGGAAGAGGGUGAGAGAGAGGAAGAGGUGAUGGAGCUGGAGAAAGAGCCACAGGUGGAUGAGGAGGGAUCGGAGAAGAGAGAAGAGGAGGAGGAGGUGAAGGGAGUGAGUGCAAGAGUGGAGGAGGCAGAGGAAGCAAUUGAAGAGGAGAGCAAGGACGCAGAGGAGAUGAUGGAUAACCUCCCUGAUGCAGCAGAUGAAGAGGUUGGGAUCACUGUGUCACUGCAGGAGAGAGAUGAAUGUGUAGAAGCUGUGGUCAGAGAUGACGCCACAGAACACACAGGUGAUGAUGAAAUCCAGACAGAACUGGGAGAUCAAGUAGUUGACAAAGUGCAGGAGGGGGAAGAAAACCCUGAGAUAGUUGAGGAAGAGGAAGAGAUUGAGCUCUCAGAAGAAAAAUCAGACCAAGAGGCCGAUGUGGAAACAAAACAUCCUGAUGUGGAUGAAACUGAAGAAGAAAAUAGAGAGGGAUUAUCCAGUAUAGACACAAAACAAGAGGAUCAAACUGAAGCCACAGCUGCUGUUCCUGCACACCCUUCUUCUUUGUCUCUGCAGGAGUUCCCUCAUGAGACUCCAUCACAAGAGAGCGGCGCUGUCUCUCCCAGUAAAACCAGCAUGCUCCACAUAAAUCUAGUCUCUCCCAGCUCAGAGAAAAACCCAUCGUUCUUCCAGCAGUCUCCAACUGCUGAAGAUGUCAAAGACAACAUCACUGAGCCUCCUUCUCAGCUUGCAGCAGCCACAGAAGAUGAACAAGCUGACACUGUGGAGGAAGUAGAGGAAGAGAAACAGCCCACCCUGGAAGUAGAAGAAGAAGUAGAAGAAGAAGUUACACCUCCUGCAUCUUUGGAGGAAACCACCCGACCGUCCAGUGGUUCCGAUCAGAGUAAAGCCCGCUUCACCAUCACGCCCGCCUGGCAGAGACCUCAGAGUUUGACUCCUCCCUCCUCUCCGCCCGCCGUCGCCUGCUCUCCGACGUCUCCUGUCGCAGGACAUGGAGGUGAGGAGGUGGAAGCUGCAGCGAAAAUGGAUCCAGAUGUGAAAGCAGAGCCGGCAAGUUCCCCCAAGGUGGAGCUGGUGUUGAGUCCAGGCAGAGCGAGGAAUGCUGGGAGCACCGCCGUCAGACCGCAGAGCAACACAUCACCCUCUCCACCCUGCAUUAAACCUCAGAGCUCAGCUGCUGCAAGCACAGAAGAAAACUCUGUUGUAGUGGAGGGAAACCCUGACAAUCCAUUCGGAGUCCGGCUGAGGAAGACGUCCACUCUUCACCUCUUCAGCUCAGAGGACGAAAACACAGAGUCUCCCAUCGAGUCUCCAAUUCAGCCAACCAGCUGUAAAGCUGAGCCUCCACAGCCAAUCGGGGUUAAGCCCUCCAUAAUUCAGCCAAUCAGUAACAAGCCCGCCCUUCCUAAGAAACCAGACGUACACGGAGACGGUGGCGUUAAAAGCAAGAGCAUCUCAGACCCAGCAGCAGCAGCAGCUCGUGGUGUUUCUGGUGGAUCUGAUUCUCCCAGCUGGAUCUCUGUGGCCAAACAGAAACAGAGGAUCUAUAAAGAGAACUCGCUGGAGGAGAUCACCGUCAAGAAGGACGAACCAGAGAGGAAGUCUUCACUGCCGAUGUACGUCAGCUCAGUGGCAAGCAGGGAGCAGAGCAACAAAACAGCUGAGUCCAGCAGCAAAGAAAUGAGUAAACCUUCAGCGUCUGUGGAAAAGGAGACGCGGAGAUCUUUCUCUCCUCCAACUCCAGUGCCACCUCAACCUUCAAAAACCCAGUCACUGCCCUGUCCAGUUCCUCCAAAACCCCUCGUUCCACCUGCUGCAGCCAAACCUCCAGCCCAACCCACCCCUGACCACAGAUCCCACCCCGCACCUACUCCAGUUCCUGUUCCCCACAAAUCUCCCUCUUGCACAAGCCCGCCAUCUCUCUCCAAACCUGCCACCUUCUCUCCUUCCUCCAAUGCACCCCAGCCCCAGAGUAGCACAGUCCCCUCCACUCCUUUUUCAUCGAGAACCACUCCAGAAAAGUCUCCUACAAGAGCUGCAGGUGUCUCUGGACAGACCCCGUCCUCCCAGCGAGGCUUGCCUCCUACUGCUUUGCCCCAGGACGAGCCUCCGUGGAUGGCGCUGGCUAAGAAAAAGGCCAAAGCCUGGAGUGAAAUGCCGCAGAUCGUCCAGUGACGGAGCGGGUUUAACUAAGUCUGUGUACUUGGGUCCCAACUGGUUCGAAAAGAGACCCACUAGGAUCUGAAAGGGGCUUGAGGUGGACCGAGAGUCUGGAUGGACCAGAAUGCAUUUGCACACACAGAUUUGUUGUUUUUAUUUUCUUCCUCACGUCCGAUUUCAGAUUGGCACAGACCCUCCAAUCACACAGCUAAAGACAGGCUUUGUUUACCCUCCUCUUUCCUUACGUCUGUAUUCUUGUGGAGACAUUUUCUACAGGACAGGGUAGGACCCCUAAAGUAACUGCGUCUUACAUGAAGUGGAUCCAUAUUUUUUGGUAGCAGUCUUAGAAAGAGGAGAGGAAAUACAUGAAGUCUCCCAGCAGGAAGUAUGAAUUGUUUUUUAUCUAAAUUAACCCAAAGUAUUCCAUAUGAUGCCACGGAACAUUUCAGGUAAGGAGACAAGGAGAGAAAGAAAGAAAGAAAGAGGACAUUUUAUCCACAGGAGGAAAACACAAGUAAUAUUGGGGUUUAUUCAUUCAUUCUGUCUUAAGGACUGGACGGGAUGCUGUUUUUCUGUCGGUCUCAGUGGGUCUCUGUGGGUGUGUGUGUGUGUGUGUGUGUGCAUGCGUGUGCGUGUGUGUGCCUGUGUGUGUGCGUGUGUGUGUGAUUUUAAGGCAGUGAUACAUACUCACAUUUUGAGGAAUGUGGAAAAUCUUCAUGGCCCCAGAGUGCUAUGAGAUAACAUCCAAGUUAAGCUGGAGAAAAAUGUGCUGAAGUAGCUGCUGCUGGUCAUGAGUUUUGGUUAAAAAAAAAAAGAAAUCUGCAGAGCCUCAGUUUCUCUGUGUUUCAGGUUUUUUAGACAAAUAUAUUUCUUAUAACAUCAACCACAGAUACUUAACCAGUCAUGUUUGCUGUGUUAGCGAGCGUCUGUGUCCGACAUGUUUCAAGUUUCCUUGUAAAUGAUAUUAUUCAUUUUCUCUUGAUAUUUUGAAUACAUAACAGGUUAUCUGUCAGCAUCCUGCAAAAAUGUAAAAUCUUCAAAACGUAAACUGUUUGGGAACUCUAAGAAAAUCAACUAAUACUCUGACCUUUGUGUCUUUUUACUAUAUUUACUGCAUCAUCAUGUGGGCUGCUUGGUGUGGGUUAUUUUACAACAAGUUUUCCAUUUACAAAUAUAAGCAUGUAAAUAAAUUGGUUUCCUGCAGGAUGCAAAUCAUCACUAAAGCAAAUGUCACAGCUAAAUGUUUCCUUUGUAUGAAUUAAAGCUAUGUAUCUCACAGUCACUAUAUAUGUUUUAUGCAUUUUAUUUUGUAUUGCCUUUUGAGGACUUGUCUUGUACAUAAAAUGUGCAGUAAAGAACAAAUGAAAACAC